AUGCCUCAUUACAGAAGAAUCCACUGCUCAGCAAUGCCUUCCCUGUCACAGCUCCUAGUGUGGACCACUUUACUGCUCUCCAUAGCAAACAGAAGCAAAGUGGAUGGUGUUGUAUUAACAACCACUGAGCCUAAUGCUAGUGUGACAGUGCCUGGAGAAGGAGAUGGCCUUUCUGACGCUACGAAAGGAAUUUUACGACCUGGACCAUGAAGAAGAGGGCGACGAUGAAGAUAAUGACGAACACAUCCCAGUGAAAAGCUUCUUCAUAGACGAUGAUUCUAUACUUGUGCAACCAGUAAUCAAGCCUGAAAAUACAGAGACAUCGACUGUUACAACAAGCAAGAAAGGUGAAAAGAAAAAUGGAGACAAGAAGAAGAAAAAGGGAUCAAAAAAGGGAAAUAAGAAGAAGAAGCAGAAUCCCUGCCUAACCACACAUAAGAACUUCUGCAUACAUGGCGAAUGUAGAUUCCUGGAAAAGGUCCCAGAAGUCUCAUGCAAAUGCCAGAAAAACUUCUUUGGUGAGCGGUGCAGCGAACAGUCUAUGACAUCUGCAAAAGAAAAACUUAGCGACAUAACCACAACAACAGUAUUAGCAGUUAUCGCUGUCCUGCUAUCAACUCUUAGCAUUGCUGCCAUCAUCAUCAUCAUUGUAGUACACACACGAAGGAAAUAUUCAUCCUAUCAUUAUGAAGCAGAGGAAAAAAAGAAAUUAGGACAAGAAAAUGGAAGUGAUGAA